GCAGGUUUGAUUGCUCCCGGAUUGCGUUUGGUUGCACAAGGACGCCCGGGCGGCAUGUGACGGGGCAGGACUCUGCAUUGAGUAGAAGAUGGCUCUUCGUACCGGAGCAAAGCUGUUAAUGAGCUGCGGCUUUUUACUGAGACAACCGGGGAUGAGAACGUUGCGUGCGGCACACGGGAGAAACGCUGCGAGUGUCACAACGAGUCACCAGACUCCCAGGACCUCAGAUUUGAGCAGCUUUGCCUUCCGAUCACACACGUGCGGCCAGUUGCGCCUGGCUGAUGUGGGACAGGAAGUGACGUUGUGUGGAUGGCUCCAGUAUCAUAGGCAUGAUAUGUUUCUAGUACUGAGAGAUUUUCAUGGGCUGAUCCAGGUUGUUCUUCCUGCAGAUGAGGAUGGUUCCCAACUAAAGGAAAUGAUGAAUGCCGUCUCAUUAGAGUCUGUGCUGUUGGUGAAGGGGACGGUCAUACCCCGGCCUCCUGGUCAGGAGAAUUCGAAAAUGGCCACAGGAGACGUCGAGGUUCAAGCCAAGGAAGUCCAUGUCCUCAACACCUGCAGAAAUCUGCCGUUUGAGAUUAAAGACUCUGUGAAGAAGUCGGAGUCUCUGAGAAUGCAGUAUCGCUACUUGGACAUCCGCAGCGCCCAGCUUCAGUACAACCUGAGGCUGAGGUCCAGGAUGGUGAUGAAGAUGAGGGAGUAUCUGUGUAAUCAGCACGGAUUUGUGGAUGUGGAGACUCCAACUCUGUUCAAGAGAACCCCUGGGGGUGCCAAGGAAUUUUUGGUUCCUACACAAGAGCCUGGCAAAUUUUACUCGUUACCCCAGAGUCCCCAGCAAUUCAAGCAGCUUCUUAUGGUUGGUGGCUUGGACAGAUACUUCCAAGUAGCCCGUUGCUAUCGAGAUGAAGGGUCGAGACCAGACCGACAACCGGAAUUCACACAGGUUGAUAUUGAAAUGUCCUUUGUGGACCAGCUGGGCAUCCAGAGGCUGGUAGAGGGCUUAUUGCGGUACUCUUGGCCUGAAGAGAAGGGAACCCUACCUGAUCCAUUCCCCACCAUGACAUAUGCUGAGGCCAUGAGCAGCUAUGGAGUAGAUAAGCCGGACACUCGCUUCCAAAUGAAGAUCAUGGAUGUGACGGCGCAGAUGAGGACCUUGUCUCUGGGAUUUGUACAAGAAGCUCUCAGUAAAUCCCAUGGAUGUGUGAAAGCCAUAAGAGUCCCUGAGGGAGCGAUUUAUCUAAAGGGGAGAGCACUGGAUUCAAUAUUGCAACUAAUCAGGAACCAGUAUAACCAGGACAUAAUGGCUGUUAUAGUUAGAGCUGAUGGAUCCUGGAAAUCUCCUCUUGGGAAGAAUCUCAGUGAAGAAUUGCAGAAAGCUCUUGCAGGAACUACUGGGGCAAAGGCUGAAGAUCUCCUCCUGCUGGCGGCGGGGCCACAUGACACCGCUUGCACUGCUUUAGGCAAGCUACGCCUUGAACUGGCCUCAAAGCUAGAAGAAUGUGGGGUACCACUCUGUGACCCCAAUACCUUCCACUUCUUGUGGGUUGUUGACUUUCCGCUCUUUCUCCCUAAAGAAGAGAACUUGAAGGAGCUGGAAUCUGCUCACCAUCCAUUCACCGCUCCUCACCCAGAUGACAUGGAGCUUCUGUACACAGACCCAACGAAGGUUCGCAGCCAGCACUAUGACCUGGUCCUAAAUGGAAAUGAAGUUGGAGGUGGCUCAAUUCGUAUUCACAACUCGGAACUUCAACGUCUGGUUCUCCAAGAUGUUUUAAAGGAGGACGUGAAUCUUCUGUCACACCUUCUAGAAGCCCUGGAGUCUGGAGCGCCCCCUCAUGGUGGGAUUGCUUUAGGAUUAGAUCGUCUCAUUUCAAUUAUUGUUAGAGCAAAGAGUAUACGUGACGUCAUUGCAUUCCCUAAAUCGUUCCGAGGACAUGAUCUUAUGAGUAAUUCGCCGGACGCUGUGUCAGCUGAGGAUCUGCAGUCCUAUCACAUACAAGUCACACCCAAGUGAUGAAGCUGGGACCAAGGAAAGUCUGAAACAAUGGACACUGGACUGAGAUGAAGAAUGCUUCCUUGUUACAUUCUCGGACUUCCCAGUUUGCAAUGGUGACCGGAUUUAGCCCCGAGAAUCACAUGCAUGUCAUGUGGAACGUGAAAGCAUUCCAAGUGAGGUGCACUUUAUAAUAGUUUUGGGUGUGUCUCGGUGGAAACCUGUUCUAGCAGGAUUGCAUCAUUCUUAGACUACUUUCACACUAGCGUUUUUUGC